AUGCCACCUCUACACAUAAUCCCGACAUCUAAUCGAUUUGGCGUUUUAUCCAAGAACGAGCAUCGCACAACGCAACCGACAACAUUGUCUCAAUCCGUGAGCCAACAUGAUACUGCUAUGGUUACCAGCACAAACGUACACGAGGGCAAUGAUCAUAAUUCGGAGUGGGUGAAAGUCGAGAACAAGCUGAAAAAUGACUUGAAUCCUGAAUAUGUAGGAUGCAUCUUGAAGCCCCCCGAAGCAUUGCCCAAGGGAUUCAUUGAUGGCCUACCCCAGCGAGCCUAUAGCCAUUUGUUCGUCAUCAGCGAAGUUUCAGGCACUGGAGAUCUUAAGAUAUGCAUGAUCACCUCAAAUCGUAAGGCCAAACAGAAGAAAAUGCGAAUCAGAGGGAGCGAGGAAGAACGCCGCGAGUCUGCGGAAGAGCUUGUGAUCGAAGGCACUUGUCCUCUUCAGCUCAGGUCUUGGCUCAAAGUUGAAGAACGAUAUGGAAUAAGCGCUUUGAGGUGGGCUAAUUGCGCCGAAGAUCUUCUCGUAGCGGGUUGCCGAUUGUCUGUCAAGUCGAUAAAGAAAGUCAGGCGGGCCGAUAUCAACUAA